UCUCACCAAACAAAGCACGGACAGGGCAUCUGCAUUCACCUUUUAGGCGCCGGUAGAGGGCCCCGGCCGGCGUGCAUCAAACCUAUCUUGCCAUCGGAGUAACCCAAAUCCAGCCAGCGUGUGCGAGCGAGCGAGGUAUCUCACUCCCCAUCGUCUUCAGGGCUAUCCUCUCCGUCCCUGCAACCCGGAGGAACCAAGCCUAGAUCUUGUCGUCUCGAUCCGGCAGUUCGUUAGUUAGUUGAUCCGGGUUUAGGUGACACCUCCUGCCUCCGUCUCCCACUGCAAGCACGGCCGUGCAAACCCCAUCACCGAUGCUGGGGCGCUUCUUCGGCCGCGCCGGCGCCGGCGCGGCGGAGGAGCCGGCGCCGAAGCCAUUCUCCUUCCCCGAGCCCCUCCCGACGUGGCCGCCAGGUGGCGGGUUCGCGCGGGGCAGGAUCUCCAUCGGGGGCGGGGAGCUGGAGCUCGCCGCGGCGACCGCCUUCGAGAAAAUCUGCGCCCUGUCGCCGUCGGCGCGGCUGCAGCAGGCCUGCGGCGUCACAUUCUACCGACCAACCGCCCUCCCGGACGGCUUCUCCGUGCUCGGCCACUACUGCCAGCCCAACAGCCGCCCGCUCCACGGCCACCUGCUCGUCGCCAGGGCCGGCGCCGACACGACGCGCUCGCCCCUCUGCGCGCCACGGGACUACGAGCUCGUCUGGGCCUUCCACGCCAGCGGCGCGAGCAGGGCUUGCUCCGGGUACGGCCGCAGCGACGCCUACUUCUGGCUCCCCGUGCCGCCGGAGGAGUACCGGGCGCUGGGGUUCCUCGUCACGACGGACGCCGCCAAGCCGGCGCUCGACGACGUCCGCUGCGUGCGCGCCGACCUCACAGACGACGAAUGCGAGCCGCACGGCGCGCUGCUGCGCCUGCAGCUCAAGCCGCAGCCGUCGUCGGCGUCGGCGUCGCCGGCCGGCGAGGCCGCCUUCGUCGUGCGCGGGCUCAGGCCGCUGCGCCGCGGGAUGCGGGAGAAGGGCAUCGGCGCGGGGACGUUCUGCUGCGCCGUGGACGGGCGCUCGCCCCCGCGCGAGCAGGGCGGGCUGGCGUGCCUCAAGAACGUCGACCUCGACCUGACGGCGAUGCCGACGCUGGAGCAGGUGCACGCCGUCAUCAAGCAUUACGGGCCCACGCUCUUCUUCCACCCCAAGGAGGUCUACCUGCCGUCGUCCGUCGCCUGGUACUUCAAGAACGGGGCGAAGCUGUUCCGGAAAGGCGGGGGCGCCGUCGGGGAGGAGAUCGACGCGGAGGGGUCCAACCUCCCCGGCGGCGGGUGGAACGACGGGGAGUACUGGAUGGACCUGCCGUGCGACGCCAAGAGGAGGCAGGAGGUCUGCCGCGGCGACAUCGAGAGCGCGGAGCUGUACGCGCACGUCAAGCCGGCCAUGGGCGGGGCGUGCACCGACGUCGCCAUGUGGGUCUUCUGCCCCUUCAACGGCCCCGCCAGGCUCAAGCUGGGCAUGGUCAGCAUGCCGCUCGGGACGACCGGCCAGCACGUCGGCGACUGGGAGCACUUCACGCUCCGCGUCAGCAACCUCACCGGCGAGCUCAUGGCCGUCUACUACUCCCAGCACAGCGGCGGCAGGUGGGUGGACGCGUCCGCGCUGGAGUACGCCGCGGGGAACAAACCGGCGGUGUACUCGUCCAGGAACGGGCACGCGAGUUACCCGUACGCCGGCGUUUACCUGCAGGGCUCGGCGGCGCUAGGAGUUGGCAUACUGAAUGACGCUGCCCGGAGCAAGCUGUACGUGGACUCCAGCGUCAAGUACCGCAUCGUGUCGGCGGAGUACCUCGGGGACGGCGUGGUCGUCGAACCGCAGUGGCUGCAGUUCAUGAGGGAAUGGGGGCCGACGGUGAUCUACAAGUCCAAGACGAGGAUGGAGGGGACGACCAAGCGUCUGCCUCUCCGGAUCAGGGGUUCAGCUGAGAACAUGGUGAGCAAGAUGCCAAACGAGCUGUCCAAGGAGGAAGGGCCGACCGGACCCAAGGAGAAGAAUAUGUGGGAGGGAGAUGAAAGAUGGUAGACAUUUAUGUGGCUUGAUUGUUGUGUUCGGUUGAGAUUGUUAAAAGAUGAAGAACCAUAUGAUUCUUGUUGCUUGUAGAACGAUUUGUGAGUGUUUGUAGCCUCCUCCCAUGGAAGUUUGUAACAUUUAUUGGUAAUGUUUUAUUGCAGCAUGUCAAUAGUAGAUUCUUAUAGUA